AUGUCUAUUAGCGAUAGUUCUGAGCUGUCGUCCCCUCCAACCACAGAUGAUGAAGCACUCGUGCAAAAUUCUACGAAGCCUUCUGGUUUAGAUCGAUAUUUCAAACCCGCGCCAAAAGGUACACCAAAAGUCCCUUCGUCACCUCCACCACCUAAGCGGCCAGCUUCGCCGCCUCAUGAAUAUGUACUUGCAGACAAUGCAGACAUUGCCUUUAUUGUCAUGUUCCGUUCGCGGUUCCACAAUGUCUUUCCAAAAUCACUACCCCACUACGGGCCACAAGACAUUGAGAGAGGCGUCGCUGAGACGGUACCCGGCGACUACAUUGAGAAGCUGCUCUGCGCAUUGCUAGGUUUGGUGCUGAACAGAAAAAAGGACAUUGAACGCGGUCACUUUCAACGUGCGCUCGAAGAAGCCAUUCAAACCCAUCAAUCGCAAUGGCCUCCUGCAUGGAAGGCAAAGAACCCUACCCACGGUGGGGGCACAUUCACCAGCAUGACACCAGCUGAACGGCUCACUCUCCUCAAAACCCUGAUCCUCUGGGCCCUGUCCUCUUCCGAAGCCGUCCAAAGCCUCAUCAAAGAAUCCUACAAGCAAACCCGCCAUGAGGACGAUAAGAACCAACCCCUUUCGAUCCAACCAUGGGGGCGCGAUGGCUAUAAGAGGAGGUACUGGCUCAUCGAAGGGCAAGACGAUACACAUUUCAGGCUCUACAGAGAAAAUAAUGGCAUUACUCCAAAAACAAAUCAAUGGUUUAGCGUGGCAGGUAGCAUUGAAGAGGUCAACAUUGUUGCAAACAAGCUAGAUGAGGAUGGCACACCACACGCUAGAACUCUAAGGGACAGGAUCAGAGCCGCCAUACCAAGGUUUGAGACUGGUGAAGAGAAACGUAGAAGACGCGAUUAUCGUUUGGCUAGGAAAGCCGCCUUCACUCGACCACUACCCGGCUUUUCCCUCUACGAAGGCCGCACCAGGGGCAAGAAGAUGCGCUACACCUUCUCAGACGACGAAGAAGACUCGGACGACUUCCCAUCUAGAAGAUCUACCCGCAAUUCCGGUGUCUCUACGCCAGCCGAGCCUGCAGGACCAACAGUCACGGCCAGUGGCCGGCAGGUCAAAUCCAGGCUCGGUGGCAGUAUGUAUGGCGAGACCAUGCUGGUGGAUCAGCGAAAAGAGCUGGAAAUUGAGAGAUCGGCAGCAGGAGAUGCAGAUGGCUUCAACGACGGCGAGCUGGGCGAGCUGACUGACCGACCACAAAGAUCGACCCGACCGAGCAGGAAAACCCGAGCCCCGAGGAGGAUUGACGACUCCUCGGAAGAGGAAAUGAACAUGAAGUCUGACGGAGAAGAAGCCAGCGAUAAUGAGUGGAGCGGCAACGAGGAAGAACCCGACGCUGAAGAGUUCGAGGCGGAAGGAGUCGACGAAGACGAAGAUGACGAUGACGACGAAAUGAGUGCACAUGAUCUAGAGAUGAAUGACGCGCCGCCGCCUGAGCAAGAUAGCUUGGUUGUGCAGCUCCGCUACAAGAAGGGUUUUGAGCAGUCGAAGCAGCAACAGCGCCCGGGCCUCGAGAAUGGUGAAGGUGCUGCUGCGGACUGUAUUGCGGUGGAUUCGCGCCAGCCAAUGCUCGACAAAGGAAAGGCUUUGGGCAGCACGCAUGAUGCGGUACACCUGAAUGGUCGGCUUUUCAAGGACAAGGAUCCACGACUCCGCGCCCACGGCUCAGCUGAGGCGCUGCCGCCUGAUGGUGUGAAUGGCGCACCACCAGACUGA